AUGGCAGACUCCAAGAUGGUGAAUGGAGAAUCAACUCCUUCAGACGAUAAACAGUCGCAAGAGACAGCAAAAGUCGACCUGCUUCGGCCCAAAAAGUACAAGACUUCAGAAUUACCUCUCACGCAAGAUCAACAAACUGCGAUCCAAAGCCUGCUCGUCGCAUUUAAGAAGAAAGGAGGUUUUGAUAAUUAUCGGAAGAAGAUCUGGGCAGAUUUUGAUAAUUCGGAAUUGAAAGCCAAAUUCACAAAUGCUCUACAAGAACUUGCCGAAAAAGAAAUCGAAAGAGAGCCCGCCCAUCUAUCGCGUGACAGGGGUAAAGCGGCGACGCUGAUCGAAGGUGCAGUCGACCGUAGUGAUAUAUACAAGAAUACCGAGCAUGACCUGGAAAGCUUCAUGACCCAGCAUCUCGAGACCAUGUUAAAAUCCAUCCGAGAGAUUAGACGGAAGGAAGCUGGCGAGGAGGUUGCGCUGAAAGAGGAGAUCGCAGGCAACAAAACAGAAGAGGACUACGAUCGCUGGCGCAACGAGAGAAGAGCAGCACGUGAAAAGAUUCAUCAAGCCGAACUUGCGGAACAAGCUCGUAUCGAUGCAGAAAGAGAGAAAGCUAGACAAGAAGAAGCUCGGAAACGACGAGAGAUUGAACGAAAGCGGGAAGAAGAGCAGAGGGAGCGGGAUGAAAAAAGGCGAGCGGAACAACGUGCUCUUGACGAACAACGAGAAAAGGAAAGACAAGAGCGAUAUGAGCGGAGAAGAAGAGAGGAUUCCCGCGACAGAUAUCGAAGCUAUAACCUUCCUCGAGGCUACGACCGUUACGAAGGUACUAGCAUGUCAGCAUCUCGGUAUAGAGAUCAUGAUCGACGGACGAGAUCCCGAACGGGCACGCCCAAGGCUGCUACUCCCCCGCCACCUCCCCCAGUCGAUGAUAAGAGCUUGGAGGAGGCGGCCUUGCAAUUACUCCUCAAAGAAGGCGAAGAGCUAGCAGCAAAAGCAAAGCAGAAGCCAGAAUUUGAUUUCGAAGAGGCUGAAGCCAUUGAAAGCGGCCGUAAGCCUUCUGCGCGCCCAAAGUCUGUCACAGAAUCCCGCUUCCCGGCUACAGGAACCCGAGAUUCGUCUCGUGAUAGAAGACGAAAGAGCCGCACUCGUUCGCGCACGAGGCGAUCUUCACGGUACGAAACUGAAGGCAGGAAUAAGUCCAGAGAUGGGUCUAUUAGACUUCGGGAUCGGGAGGAUGAUAGGCAUUCUGUGCGCAGUCACAGAGAUGAGCGGAGAGACAGAGCGGCAAGGCAGAGUCGUAGUCGGUCCAAGGCUCGCAAUGACCGGGAACGUGAUAGGGAUGACCGGAGUCACAGGGCCAGCAGACGCAGCCGCACCAGAUCGAAAACUCGAGAUAGAGAGCGCGACAGGGUUGACAGCCGCGAUAGACGCGAACGAGACCGUGAUCGUGAACGUGAUCGGGACCGCGAUAGGGACCGCGAUAGGGAGCGAGACAGAGACCGCGACCGUGACAGAGAAAGAGAUCGGGACAGGGAUCGUGACCGUGAUAGAGUUGAUCGAGAUCGUGAAAGGGAUCGCGACCGUGACCGUGAUAGAGACAGAGAUAGGGACCGUGACAACUUCCUUGAUCGCGGGUAUGAUCGAUAUACUGGUCGCGAUAUGGAUCGCAGUCGCGAGCGAGAGCAGGCACGAAAACGGUCUGCAGAAAGGGACAGAGAUCGUAGCAGAGACAAAGACAAAAACCGAGACAGACCACGAGAUAGGGAUGAUCGCCCGCGGUCAAGAUCUCGCCACCGUCGCUCUCCUUCUCGUACAGACCGGUCUCGUACACGCCAUCGUCGAGAUCGAUCAGGUUCUCGCACUUCUACUCGCCGAAGAUCACGCACUCCAGACCAAUUGGACAUUGAUCGGUAUGUCCCAGUCACCAGCAACCGCAGCCGAUCCCCUCGUCGUCGGAUGCGCUCUCCUGAACGAGAAAGAGACAGGGAAAGAGACAGACCACGUGAUCAAGAAUGGAACAGAGAACCUCGUGGUGACAGAUACAUCCCUGGGGUUACUACAGGAGACCGAGAUACAGAAGGGGAUAAAUCAGGAAAUCGGGAUCGUGACCGGAACAAAGACGGCGAUAAUAGUCAUGAUAAAGAUGGUGCUAGAGAUCAUGAUAGAGACCGCGACCACGACCGUGACCGCAAUAGAGACACUGAUAAGGAUCGAACGAGAGACGAAGAUAGAGAGCGCGACCGACCUCGAGCUCGUGAUGUAGAUGACCGGGACGAUCGGGCCAGAGAUCGCGAUCGUGACAGGGACAGGGACCGUGAUCGUGACCGGGAUAGAGACAGGGACAGGGACAGGGAAAGAGAUAGGGAACGAGAACGGGAACGAGGCCGAGAUCGAGAUCGAAGUCGCGACAGAAGAGACCGUGACAGAAGAGAUCGAUCGAGGCGAUAG